GUAUCGGAAUAUGCCGACGCUUGUUAUCCAUGUCCAUCGAACUGGAAUGGCAAAAGCUGAACUCAUCACUAGCGACCACCCUCGUUGACAUCCUCAACAGACAAUUAACAACGACUCAAAGGCCAUCCUUUAUCGGUCCUGUCGAAAUCUCCUCGCUCGACUUUGGUACUGUCCCUCCGGAUGUGGAGCUCGUCGACCUUCGUGAUAUAUACCGCGAUUUUCUCGAAGACUCUGAUUCUGACUCUAAUUCUGAGCCAGAUAAUGAGAAUGUGAAAGUGACGGAAGGCGCAGGGGAUGAUGAUGGAUUCGAGUGGGUGUCGAGGAAGGGGGCACGCCGAGGGAUCGCGGAGGAAGGUUUGGCAUAUCAUCAUCUGCCGCCGCAUAUCCGAUACGGGCACAGUCCUUCUGUGGAUUUGUUUACGUCUACCCCAGCGUUGCAUGCCGGUUCGCCGAGAGAUGUGUGGGGUGGAGGCGCUAUGCAUGUGAGCAUGCCCAGCUUAGGUGAAUUCAGGCCGACACCAAGCAGCAUGUCAAUCCCAUCGUUCGAUCCUAGCUCAGUAUAUGAUUCGAUGCCACGCGCGUCUACGACGCCAGAUAAGUCCUCUCCUUCUCCGCCAAAUCCUCCGUCUUCACGCCCGGAACCAGAGCCAGCUCCAACUCCUCCGUCCGAUAAUCCAGAUCUUCAGCUCCAUCUCUACCUUAAUUGGCACUCAAAUCUCCGGCUAACGCUCACAACAUCCUUAUUGAUCAAUUAUCCUUCCCCGUCGUUCAUGUCCCUUCCGAUCAAGCUCUCAGUGACAGGGUUGGUGUUCACGGGAGAGGUAGCUGUCGCGUACGAGGGUUCACGUGGCCGAGUGCACUUGUGCAUACUCGAUGAAUUGGAUCCCUACGGCCCCGCGUGUAAACGCCCACGAAGCCAAACCAGCACCCCUCCUGAAAUGGAUGAGGACAGCGGAAAACGUGACGGAAAACCUUUGCCAAUCGGUCAGCGCCUCCUCCCGUCUAUAUUGAUCGAGAGCGAGAUCGGCCAGGCGGACAAACAUGUUCUUAAGAAUGUGACACGGGUCGAGAGGUUCAUUCAGGAUGUCAUACGGAAUACGGUGGAGGAGGAACUUGUAUUUCCGAAUUUUCAUACAUUGAUCAUUGGCGACCAAGGACGCUCGUGAAAACGAUAAUGUACUGGUAAUGUAACACCAUAGUGUGAUUGUGCGUACUAUCAUAGCAAUUUUCUCAUGCAGGGCCCGACCCUCGUGCUCGUGCCCAAGCUUGUGGUAAUGAUCUCGAGUACCAAUGGUCGCUUUUCUCGUGUAAUAUGUGUUUAUCUCCUAUCAAGCGCAAGUCGUGCUUGAUCUGAGUCUCAGACAGCGUUAGACUAGGGGUCUCAUGGGUAGCAGAGACGAGGAGAAGGGUCCCACGGCUGUUUC